AUGGCUGCUGGUCCGGUGACUGAAAGAAAUCAAGAUGCAACCAUUUACGUCGGUAAUCUGGAUGAAAAAGUAUCCGAAACGCUUUUAUGGGAAUUGUUCUUGCAAGCAGGCCCAGUCGUCAAUGUACAUAUGCCAAAAGACAGAAUAACCCAGGCACAUCAAGGCUAUGGAUUUAUCGAGUUCUUAGGGGAAGACGAUGCUGAUUAUGCUAUUAAAAUAAUGAACAUGAUUAAGCUAUAUGGAAAGCCAAUAAGAGUAAAUAAAGCUUCUGCGCAUAAUAAGAAUUUAGAUGUUGGUGCAAACGUUUUCAUUGGUAAUUUAGAUCCAGAAGUAGACGAGAAACAGCUGUAUGAUACUUUCAGUGCAUUUGGUGUAAUUUUACAGACGCCGAAGAUUAUGAGAGAUCCGGAAACUGGACAAUCGAAAGGAUUCGCUUUUAUAAAUUUUGCUAGCUUUGAUGCCUCAGAUGCUGCUAUGGAAGCUAUGAAUGGCCAAUUUUUGUGCAAUCGUACGAUAAAUGUGUCAUACGCAUUUAAGAAAGAUUCAAAGGGCGAACGCCAUGGCUCGGCUGCAGAGCGUUUAUUGGCUGCUCAAAAUCCUCUGGUACAAUCGGAUAGACCUCACCAGCUUUUCGCUGAUGCUCCUCCAACAUUUACGGAUAUGUUGCCAGUAAUGGAACGAAUUCCACCUAGUAUGCCGCAAAUGCCACCGCCGCCAAUGGGUGGAAUGCUUCCGCCACCACCGACCAUGUUUCCGCCCCCUCCUCCACCCGGUUUUCCUGGUGGAUUUCCCAACAUGCGUCCUGGCUUACCUCCACCACCUCCAGGAUUUGCUCCCCCUCCUCCACCAGGUGAUUUCAUAUCUUUUAGUAGUUAA